AUGACCACAGCCACCUGGGACUGGCCGAAUGGCGCCAGCGAGGAACAGCAGACCAGCGUCAAACACGACUCCAUGCUCAGUAUUCACGCAGCCCGAUGCUGUUGUAAACGACGGUACGCCAACAACCGUUGGAAAACUAAUGGUUUUAGGGUAAGGUGAUAGUAUCUAUACCGGCAGUCGGAGACCGAUUCGAACGCAACAUCCAUUUACGUAUCGGGAUGGUACCAAUGGAUAUCACUUCAACGUUAAGCUGAUAAAUCCAGCCAUUGACGAGGUAACGCACAUGAAAUGCAGCGCAAUGAACCCCUACUCAAACGGACUUAUGAUGCGACAGAAUGUAAGUAAUCCCCUUUUGAAAUGCCGUCAAUUGCUUCAUCACUGCAUUGUGGAUAUGUAUGCAAAAAAUCGAAACAGGACGCCUGCUUUUCCUUCGCUAAAAUCAGACCCAGGUGUGUUCUGAAGGAUACAUUCCUUUGCAUGAUGCAGUUGUAAACGACGGUAAUACAGAUAACGUUGUAAGACUAACGCUUUUGUCAUCUACAUACAGAGACAAUUCACGCCAUACGCUCGGGUACGCUCGAGGUGCAAUUUCUUAUGUUUGUCAGUACGGCGCGUCCAGACUUACUCAUUACAUUCACAUGCAAUCCAGGUUGGGGGAUGUUUAUCAGCUCUUACCUCCUGGCCUAUCGACGGUAAAUAGGUAUGACAUCACAGCACGUGUUUUCAGGAAGAAACUGCAAUCGCUGAUGAACUUCAUGGUGAAACACCAGGUGGUUGGGUCUGUGCGCUGCUGGAUGUAUUAGGUGGAAUGGCAAAAGAGGGGACUGCCCCACGCACAUGUCUGGAUCUGGCUCUAUAACAAGAUCGCUUCCAACGAAAUUGGCGAUGCAAUAUACGCUGAAUUACCUGGCGCCGACGUCGACAAUGAUUUGCAUGAAGUUGUGGCGAAGAAUAUGAUACAUGGGCCUUGGAUUCACUGAAUCCCCAUUCUUCAACCCCCUCCCCCUCCCCCCCGGCAUGAUAGACGGAAGUCCCUUUUACCGAAAAUGCUCAGCGGAAGACAUCGGCAAAUUGGCAACCGUACGAAUGCGAAUCGGUGACUUAGAAGUCGGUAACCGCUGGGCGGGUUCGUAUUCGCCUUUGCUUUUAAAAGUAAAACGCAGCUCACAUAAACGUGGAACACUACGCUUUUGGGAAAUAAAUUUGAUACAUUCGUAAGUACGUGAGCAAAGGCAGCAUUAUGGCUGAUUUUGGCCUGCAACACGAAAGGAGGGAAAGGGUUGUGGACAUACAACUAGAUGAAAUCGCUCAGUAUUUGGCUGGAAGAUGCUUCAACAGCCACAAAUCCGUGUGGUGGAUUCUUCCUUUGCCCCUCCAUGAGCAAGUCCAGGUGUUGUUCACUUGCAGUACACUUGGUGAAUGGGCAAUGCGUUUACUUUAUCGAUGCAUAUGUGUAACUGGCCACCGGCAACACGCAUUAACUGCGUUCUCCCGUUGAGCCAAACUGACGCGUUUGCGAAAACACUGCCGUAUCCGGAAGUGCCUACGUAUUACACAGGGAAUGCCUGCAGAAAAUCUUUUUUCUACACAAACGAGAGCGAGUCGACGGACACCUUGGCAUAUUCAAAAGAACUGCGAUAGGCAGACUGCACAGCGUGCAUCCCAAUCAGGACGAAUGCUUCUUACUCCGCAUGGUGUUGGUAUAUGUGUCCGCUCCAACGUCUUUCCCGCAAUUGAAAUCUGUCAACAGCGUUACGCACGCCAAUAUCCGUAGUGCAUGCCAAGCGCUCAAUUUAUUGGUAAACUACCGAUACUGGGAUGUAUGCAUUAGUGGUGCGUGCAACACGUCCCAUCCACAUCGAAUUCGUUCGUUGUUUGCAAUCAUACUGACCGCCUGUUCUACUUCAUCUCCAACAGAUUUAUGGGAGAAAUAUAAAUUGCACAUGGCUGAGGGUAUCUUCCGUCGACUACGCACGGAAAAUCCCAAAUGCGGGUUUCAGAGCAGGAAUCUACAACGAGGCGUUAAUAGUGAUUGUGGAUAUGUACGUAAGACGUCGCGAAAAAAGUUCUUUAUCAACCGGGAAUGUUCUCAUCAAACCGAUCUUCUGCUGUUCCUUGAGCACAUAAAGCGCUCGGGGCAUUCGAUCGAACACUGCAAGAUGUGCGCGGAAACAACAGACCAUUUGGAGACAUUACUGCUACUGCUUGCAGGAGACUUCAGGCAAACACUGCCUGUAAUUCUUCCAUCGGCAACAGGAGACGAAAUAAAUGCCUGCCUGAAAUACUUUUCAUUGUGGCGCCAAAUCCAGGCGGCAAAAUCAACUACAAAUAUACGUGUCCAGCUGCAAAACUACCGAUCAGAUGUGGUAUUCUCACAGUAAUUGCUGGCAAUUGGGAAUGCUACGCUGCCCGGUGAUCCGACUACAAGAAGGAUUUCCCUACGUAUUAGCCUCGACAAUUUAGUGUCCACAAAAGAGGAAUUGGUUGAAAAGGUGUCUUCCACUAUUCAGACCACUUUCAACAAUCACGACUGAUUGAGCGAACGAGCUAUUCGUGCGGCCAAAAAUAAACACGUGUACCAUUAUUACCACAUGAUUACGUCUAAGAUUCAAAGCAAGACAUUCACAUAUACGUCCGUCGACACUACUGUGGAAGAAGACGAGGCAGAUUAAUUAUCCGACACAAAUUUUGAAUUCACAUGAGCCACAGCAACGCGUGGCCGGGCGCAGAUAGUCAAUCUAUAUAAAAAUGGAAGGUUUUUUUCUGUGUUAUAUCUAAUCUCCGAAUGUACUGCAUCGAUUGCGCUGAAAUUUGGACACAACCCGACCAGCGCAUAGGUCCGGGUUUUUGGCUGGUCAGUUGUGUAAUUAUGCCCAUGGUAUGCCUGUGAUGGGUAAAAAACCGGAUAUUUUCCGGCAUAACAACGCCACCAGCUGCGGCCACUUGACCCACAUCCACGCGGACACAUGUGCGCCCAGACAGCGGCCACUUGACCGACAUUCGUUCACACGCACAUGCUCCGCCCGACAGCCGCGCUCACCCCUCCGCCCAUCCUGCAGGCACUUGAGCAGGCCCUCCACCCUCCCUGGGCCGAUGCAAUAUGGGCCGCCAGUGCAAACCACCCCUGGGGCAAAAAAACAUGCAACACUUGGACGCCACUUAAAACUGUCCCACAGUCCAUAUAAUAGGGCCGUCACCGCUGCCUGGGGAAUUCUCGGGGGUGAGGACUGGAUGCAAUUAACACCAGACCCACCCCCCGCACAACCCACAUAAUGGGCUGCCGCCCAAUGUCAGCUCAGUAUUGUGCAGCUCGGCUUGCGGAAGCCCGGUUGCGGUCACGGCUACCGCUUUCUGCAGCUUCAGGCCUGCUUCGUUCACAACAUCAUGACCACAGCCACCUGGGACUGGCCGAAUGGCGCCAGCGAGGAACAGCAGACCAGCGUCAAACACGACUCCAUGCUCAGUAUUCACGCAGCCCGAUGCUGUUGUAAACGACGGUACGCCAACAACCGUUGGAAAACUAAUGGUUUUAGGGUAAGGUGAUAGUAUCUAUACCGGCAGUCGGAGACCGAUUCGAACGCAACAUCCAUUUACGUAUCGGGAUGGUACCAAUGGAUAUCACUUCAACGUUAAGCUGAUAAAUCCAGCCAUUGACGAGGUAACGCACAUGAAAUGCAGCGCAAUGAACUACUACUCCUACCGACUAAUUAUACGACAGAAUGUAAGUAGUCCCCCUUUUGAAAUGCCGUCAAUUGCUUCAUCACUGCAUUGUGGAUAUGUAUGCAAAAAUCGAAACUGAACGCCUGCUUUUCAUUCGCUUCAAUCAGACCAAGCUGCGCUCUGAGGGAUAUAUUCAUUUGCAUGAUGCAUUUGUAAACGACGGUAAUGCAGCCAACGUUGUAAGACUAACGCUUUUGUCGUCCACGCCAUAUGUUCGAGUACGCUCGAGGUGCAAUUGCUUACGUUUGUCAGUACGGGGCGUCCAGACCUACUCAUAACAUCCACAUGCAAUCCAGCUUGGGGAUGUUUAUCAGCUCUCAACUCCUGGGCUAUCGACGGUUAAUAGGUAUGACAUCACAGCACGUGUUUUCAGGAAGAAACUUCAAUCGCUGAUGAACUUCCUGGUGAAACACGAGGUGGUUAGGUCUGUGCGCUGUUGGAUGUUUUAGGUGGAACGGCAAAAGAGGGGACUGCCCCAUGCACAUAUCCUGAUCUGGCUCUAUAACAAGAUCGUUUCCAGCGAAAUCGACGACGCAGUAUGCGCCGAAUUACCUGAUAUCGCCGUCGACAAUGCUUUGCAUGAAGUUGUGACGAAGAAUAUGAUACAUGGACCUUGGAUGCACUGAAUCCCAAUUCUCCAACCCCCCCCCCCUCUCCCGACAUGACAGACGGAAGCUCUUUAUACCGAAAAUGAUCAUCGGAAGACAUCGGCAAAUUGGCAACCGUACGAAUGCGAAUCGGUGACAUAGUAGUCGGUAAUCGCUGGGUUGUUUCAUAUUCGCAUUUGCUUUUAAAAGCAUACGCAACUCACAUGAACGGGAAAAACUGUAAUUGCGGGAAAUGAAUUAGGUACAUUUGUAAGUACGUGAAUAAAGGCAGCGACAUGGCCGUUUUCGGCCUGCAAAACGAAAGGAGGGCAAGGGAUGCGGGCAUUCAACUCGAUGAAGUCGCACAGUAUUGGGCUGGAAGAUGCGUCAACGGUAACAAAUCCGUGUGGCGAAUUCUUUCAUUCCCCAUCCAUAUGCACGUCCAGGUGGGCAAUGCGUUUACUUUACCGAUGCUAAUGUGCAACAGACCACCGGCAACACACUAACUGCGUUCUUCCCGUUCAGCCAAACUGACGCGAUUGUGAAAACCCUGCCGUAUUCGAAAGUGCCUACAUAUUACACAGGGAAUGCGUGCAGAAAAUAUUUUGUACGACGCAAACGAGGAAAGCGAGUGGAUGGACCCCGGUAUACUCGAAGAUCUGCGAUAGGCAGACUGCACAGCCUGCACCCCAAUCAGGACGAAUGGUUCUUACUCCGCACGGUGUUGGUGAAUGUGUCCGGUUCAACGUCCUUCCAGUAGUUGAAAUAUGUCAACGGCGUUACGCACGCCACUUUCGCAGUGCAUGCCAGGCCCUCAAGUUAUUGGAAAACUGCCGAUACCGGGAUGUAUGUAUUAGUGUUGCGUGCACCACGUCCCAUCCACAUCGAAUUCGAUCAUUGUUUGCAAUCUUACUGACCGCCUGCUCUACUUCAUCUCCAACAAAUUUGUGGGAGAAAUAUAAGUCGCACAUGACUGAGGAUAACGUCCGUCGACUACGCAAGGAAAAUUCCGAAUGCGGAUUUCACAGCAGGAAUCUACACCGAGGCGUUAAUAGUGAUUGUGGAUAUGUACGUAAGAAAUUCCGAAAACAAUUCCUAAUCAACCGGGAAUGUGCCCAUCAAACCGGCCUUCUUCUGUUUCGUUAGAUAUGGAUUUGCGCCGUGAGCCAAAAAAGCUCGAGGCUCUCGAUCGAACACUGCAAGAUGUGCGUGGAAACAGCAGACCAUUUGGAGACAUUACUGCUACUGCUUGCAGGAGACUUCGGACAAACACUGCCUGUAAUUCCUCCAUCGGCAACAGCAGACGAAAUAAAUGCUUGCCUGAAAUACUUUUCUUUGUGGCGCCAAAUCCAGACGGUAAAAGUACAGCUGCAAAACCACCGAUCAGCUGAGGUAUUGCCAUGAUAAUUGCUAGCAAUCGGGAAUGCAACGGUGUCCACUGAUCCCACUAAAAGGAGUAUUUCCCUACGUCUUAGCCUCGACAAUUUAGUGUCCUCAAAAGAGGAGUUGGUUUAAAAGGUGUUUCCCACUAUGCAGACCAUUUUCAACAAUCACGGCUGAUUAAGCGAGCGAGCCAUUCUUGCGACCAAAAACAAACACGUGUACCAUUAUUACCACAUGAUUACGUCUAAGAUUCAAAGCAAGACAUUCACUUACACGUCCGUCGAUACAGCUGCAGAAGCCGACGAGGCAGCUUAAUUAUCCAACACAGAUUUUGAAUCAACCUGAGCCACAGCAACGCGUGGCCGGGUCCAGCUAGUCUAUAUAUAUAAAAAUGGAAGGCUUUUUUUCUGUGUUAUAUCUAAUCUCCGAAAGUACUGCACCGAUUUCGCUGAAAUUUGGACACAACCCGACCCGCGCAUAGGGCCGGGUUUUUGGCUGUUCAGUUGUGUAAUUAUGCCGACGGUACGGCUGUGAUGGGUAAAAAACCGGGUUUUUUCCGCCAUAACAACGCCACCAGCUGCGGCCACUCGACCUUCAUCCACGCGGACACGUGUGCGCCCAGACUGCGGCCACUUGACCGACAUUUGCUCAAGUGCACGUGCUCCGCCCGACAGCCGCGCUCACCCCACCACCCACCCUGCAGGCACUUGAGCAGGCCCUCCACCUUCUCUGGGCCGAUGCAAUAUAGGCCGCCAGAGCAAACUACUCACCCUGCGGCAAAAAAACAUGCAACACUUGGACGCCACUUAAAAUUGUCCCACAGUCGACAUAAUAGUGCUGUCACCGCUGCCUUGGGGAUUUUCGGGGGGGGGGGGGUGAGGAGUGGAUGCAGUUAACGCCAGCGCCUGCCUGCCCCCCCCGCACAACCCACAUAAUGGGGCUGUCGCCCAAUGUCAGCUCAGAAUUGUGCAGCUGGGCUUGCGAAAGCCCGGUUACAGUCACAGCUACCGCGUUCUGCAGCUUCGGGCCUGCUUCGUUCACAACAUCAUGACCACAGCCAGCUGGGAGUGGCCGGAUGGCGCCAGCGAGGAACAGCAGACCAGCGUCCAACACGACUUCGUGCUCAGCAUUCACGCAGCCUGGUGCUGUUGUAAACGACGGCACGACAACAACCGUUGGAAGAGUAACGGUUUUAGGGUAAGGUGAUACCGUCUAUACCGGCAGUCGGAGACCGAUUCCAACGCAACAUCCAUUUAAGUAUCGGGAUGAUACCGGUGGAUAUCACUCCAACGCUAAGAGGAUAAAUCCAGUCAGUGACGAGGUAACGCACAUGAAAUGCAGCGCAACGAACCCUUAAGCAAACCGACUUAUUAUACGACAGAAUGUAAGUUGUCCCCUUUUGUAAUGCCGUCAAUUGCUUCAUCACUACAUUGUGGAUAUGUAUGCAAAAAUCGAAACUGAACGCCUGCUUUCAUUCGCUAAAAUCAGACCAAGCUGCUCUCUGAAGGAUAAAUUCCUUUGCCUGAUGCUGUUGUAAACGACGGUAAUGCAGCUAACGUUGUAAGACUGACGCUUUUGUUGUCCACGCCAUAUGCUCGAGUACGCUCGAGGUGCAAUUGCUUACAAUUGUCAGUACGGACGUCCAGACCUACUCAUAACAUUCAAAUGUAGUCAGCUUUUAUCUCCUGGGCUAUCGGCGGUAAAUAGGUAUAACAUCACAGCACGUGUUUUCAGGAAGAAACUUCAAUCGCUGAUGAACUUCGUGGUGAAACACGAGGUGUUUGGGCCUGUGCGCUGCUGGAUGUAUUAGGUGGAACGGCAAAAAGGGGACUACCCCAUGCGCAUGUAUUGAUCUGGCUCUAUAACAAGAUCACUUCGAACGAAAUCGACGAUGCCAUAUGCGCUGAAUUACCUGAUGCCGACGUCGACAAUGCGUUGCAUGAAGUUGUGGCGAAGAAUAUGAAACAUGGACCUUGGAUGCACUGAAUCCCAAUUCUUCAACCCCCCCUCCCCGGCAUGAUAGACGGAAGUUCCUUAUGCCGAAAAUAAUCAGCGGAAGAAGUCGGCAAAUUGGCAACCGUACGAAUGCGAAUCGGUGACAUAGAAGUCGGUAACCGCUGGGCUGUUUCGUACUUGUCUUUGCUUUUAAAAGCAAACACAGCUCACAUGAACGUGAAAAACUGCAAUUGCGGGAAAUAAAUUAGGUACAUUUGUAGGUACGUGAAUAAAGGCAGCGACAUGGCCGUUUUCGGCCUGCAAAACGAAAGGAGGGAAAGGGAUGCGGGCAUACAACUCGAUGAAAUCGCGCAGUAUUGGGCUGGGAGAUGCGUCAAGGGCAACAAAUCCAUGUGGCGAAUUCUUUCAUUCCCCAUCCAUAUGCAAGCCCAGGUGGGCAAUGGCGUUUACUUUACCGAUGCAAAUGUGCAACAGACCACCGGCAACACACUAACUGCGUUCUUCCCGUUCAGCCAAACUGACGCAAUUGUGAAAACCCUGCCGUAUUCGAAAGUACCUACAUAGUACACAGGGGAUGCGCGCAGAAAAUCUUUUGUACGACGCAAACGAGGAGAGCGAGUGGACGGACACCCAGGUAUACUCAAAGAACUGCGAUAGGCAGACUGCACAGCGUGCAUCCCAAUCAGGACGAAUGGUUCUUACUCCGCACGGUGUUGGUGAAUGUGUCCGGUUCAACGUCCUUACCGUAGUUGAAAUCUGUCAAAGGUGUUACGCACGCCACUUUUCGCAGUGCAUGCCAGGCUCUCAAUUUAUUGGAAAACUACCGACACCGGGAUGUAUGUGUUAGUGUUGCGUGAAAUGCGUCCCAUCCAAAUCGAAUUCGCUCAUUGUUUGCAUUCUUACUGAACGUCUGCUCUACUUCAUCUCCAACAAAUUUGUGGGAGAAAUAUAAAUCGCACAUGGCUGAGGAUAUCGUCCGUCGACUACGCAAGGAAAAUUCCAAAUGCGGAUUUCGCAGCAAGAAUCUACACCGAGGCAUUAAUAGUGAUUUUGGGUAUGUACGUAAGAAAUUCCGAAAACAAUUCCUAAUCAACCGGGAAUGUCCUCAUCAAACCGGCCUUCUUCUGUUUCGUUAGAUGUGGAUUUGCGCCGUGAGCAAAAAAACGCUCGAGGCUCUUGAUCGAACACUGCAAGAUGUGCGUGGAAACAGCAGACCAUUUGGAGACAUUACUGCUAUUGCUUGCAGGAGACUUCGGGCAAACACUGCCUGUAAUUCCUCCAUCGGCAACAACAGACGAAAUAAAUGCGUCUGAAACACUUUCCUCUGUGGCGCCAAAUCCAGACGGUAAAAGUAACUACAAAUAUGCGUGUACAGCUGCAAAACUACCGAUCAGCUGAGGUAUUGUCAUAGUAAUUGCUGGCAAUCGGGGAUGCAACGGUGUCCACUGAUCCCAAUACAAGAAGUAUUUCCUUACGUCUUAGCCUCGACAAUUUAGUGUCCUCAAAAGAGGAGUUGGUUGAAAAGGUGUUUCCUACUAUUCAGACCAUUUUCAACAAUCACUGCUGAUUGUGCGAGCGAGCCAUUCUUGCGACCAAAAACAAACACGUGUACCAUCAUUACCACAUGAUUACGUCUAAGAUUCAAAGCGAGGCAGUCACAUACACGUCCGUAGAUACUGUUGCAGAAGCAGACGAGGCAGGUUAAUUAUCCAACAGAGAUUUUGAAUCAACCUGAGCCACAGCAACGCGUGGCCGGGCCCAGAUAGUUAUAUUAUAAAGCUGUAUUUCUUUAGAUAAUGCAUAGAACAUGGGAAAUUUGCGUAUCCAGAAGAUGUCUUGCCGCGUUUACCUGGUUGGCUCAGUUGGUAGACCUUACCUCUGAUCGACAUUUAGGCUGUUUUGGACUGACUAUUUUUCACUACUGGAUUGAAACAAUGAUCAAACUUCGUGGAUAGCUUUCUGGUCGGAGGAAUGGGUUGGAUCUAUGAUUGACUGCUCCCGUUUAGUUCCUCCAAUUCCAUCUGUGUAAUGAUCGUCCGUAUUACGCCGGAGGAACUUUCUGCCGAUUUAUUUGGACAAACUAAAGAUAAUCUAUCCUGGUUAUGACUAAGUUCUCGUAAAAAAUCACGUCCCUUGGGUUAUUUGCUCGAACGUAUAACGCCUCAGCGCAGAAUGCCUGAUUGCUACAAUAUUAUAUAAUCCGAUAUGCGAAGUAAUUUAAUACCAGUCGGUUUCUGGUCUGGUUUUUUCAAAAUAUCUCGUUUUUUUCAGUGAGGAAGAAACAACCACCACUAUGAAUUCAGGCAGUCCUCGAAAACAGCAGUCAGAAUGUAUGAUGUACAACGGUGAUUUGCUCAGUUAGAUAUUACCUUCUCCUGAAGAAGGAGACGCGGUCGCAGGGACAAGAGUUUUAUUCGCCUGACGUUUCGGAUUCCUGCUCGAACCCAACAUCAGAGACAAAAGCAGACGGCGCUGUCACGUAUAUUUACGUUUCAGCGAAUUUGGAUCUGAAAAUCAACCAACAAAGCGUCUCGUUUUUCAAACACGUUGAAUUAUGUAGGCAGAAUUGCCCAGUUCUCGUGUUUUUGAUGUUUACUCAAGGUUGACAGCCUUUCGAAAUUUACACAAAAUCCGACAGGGUGAAGCCAUUGCAAAUAACUAGGCACACAUAAGUACAUUUAGAUGCAAGCGCAUAGCAAACACAUGUACAAACAGUUGAAACAGAGACGUUUGAGUUUCAGAUGGCCCCUGAGAAUUCGCUGAAUACUUCGUGAUUUUCAGUGUUUUCAAUCGAAUGUCCAUAAAGACAGGUUCUGUAUUAUUUGCUCAUUAAAACCUUUAAAAUAAGAUACUUCUUGAAGGCAUUUACCGCAGUAGAGCGUGUUUGGCGGUUAUAUUUCAUUAAGAUUUUCGUUAAGGUCAAAUUUGAAGACUCACUCAAACCCGAAACCUCACUGUGGGGAAAAAAUUAACGUCCACAAAUUAGUCAAAAUUAAAUAUGCUCUCGAUCCAGUAGAAAACUUUCUCUAAUAUGUUACCUGCUUAAGGAUUGCCUCAAGACGGCAGUCUGUCAGCGAUUGUCUGUGUACUUUAUGGUUUUGCAAUUUGCUGAAAAAAUAUCGAUAUUUUUCUACCGCAGACGUAAGAACGUAGUUUUCUCAUUUUAUUACGUCCAUUUUCACUAUAUUUGCCAAAUUUCAGGUUCCGCUCUGCGGUUACGAAUGCAAGGCAGCGUGGCCCUAUCAUUACUGAAACAGUUAAUGCUUUCCUCGUUCCAUUGCUAAAUUACGUACUUAGAGAAGCUAGGCCGCACGAGAUGUAAUGUUGCAUAUGUUCAAAACUGGAAAUGACUAUUCGGUGGUAGUCAUAUCUGUGUCAAUUCGUAUGACUUCAAAUGGCAAAAUGACAUUGAUCCAUGCCGGUGUUCGUUAUUACUGCGCUUCAGGACACGAAAUCGCACGGACUUGCAAAGCUGAUUUUUAACACUCAACAAACUGAAACUGUUCCGACUAAACAGUAAAGAUAGCGCGAGCUCUCAAGGGAUGAAAUCAAGGCCUUUAAAGAUAGUUUUAGAAAGUAAACUCCAGAGGGAUCUUUUACUUGAACGAACAGUAAGGGGGAUCCCUGGCCAUAGAGGUCUUUUGUUUCAACCGGAUUACUCAGUACAAGAGAGAAUGAAAUGGAGAGCGCUGAAGGCGGAGCUGGCGACCUUGAAAGCACAAGGAGAGAAAGGACUAGUAAUAAUGAACGGAGUGAUUGUUCGACGACAAAGACCCCUCCUGUGGAGGACGCCUGUCAUACUAACGAAGGCCACACGGCCGGGCAACUAAUUCGACGCAACAACCUACGUAAAAUUAAGUUCUUCUACGGAAAUGUACAAAGCCUCUUGAAUAAACUCGACGAACUUAGAAUAAUUGUGGCCGAACUAUGUCCUGAUGUUAUUGCAUUAACUGAAACGUGGCUCACCCUAGAUGUCACAGACCCCCAAAUACAGUUAGAUGGUUAUCAAGUGCUAAGACGAGACCAAACCAAAAAGCGAGGUGGCGGAGUUGCCCUAUGUAUCAGCAAUGCGGUCGAAUAUGACCCUGUUGAAGAUUGUGUAAAUGAGCAUGAUCUGGGGAUGCUGCAGUGUCAUUUGCUGGUCCCCAAAGCCGAAAACGUUACUAUUACAGUUGUAUAUAGGCCUCCAAAUCAACCUGCCGACGAGGAUCAAGCGUUUAUCACUCGACUCCGCGAGGACAGUCGAAAGCAAAACAUGAUUAUUGUAGGAGAUUUCAAUGCUCCUCGGAUUAACUGGGACCUUAUGACAGUUAAGGGCCACAGACAAGAAUUCGACCAAAUGCUAUUAGACAUGGCAUUUGAUGAAUUUCUGUUUCAACAUGUACGAACUGUGGCUCGGAUGCGUGAAGGUCAGAGAGCUAGUUGCCUAGACCUUGUGUUUACCAAGAACGAGGAAAGCGUUGAUGAAAUAAAUGUAGGCCCGCCCCUAGGUUCUUGUGAUCACAUGACAUUAAUGUGGGAGACGACACUCGUAGCUGUCCCCGAACGAAGCUCAAAGUCGUUAAGAAAUGUCUGGCGGGGUAACUUUGAGGCAAUGAAAUCAGAGAUUGGACACACGCUAUGGAUGGAAGCAUUACGAGGAGACGUCAACGAAUGCUGGACAACCUUCGAAUCAACUAUGAGAGACCUGAUUGAACGAUACUGUCCCCUCAAGAAACAUCCAACCGGAAACAAACCGAAAUGGUUAUCAACAUCGGUUAAGAAGGAAAUCCGAAAAAAAACGCCAGCUGUGGAAAAUCUUCUUAAAAACGGAGAACCCGGAAAAACUUAAAGAAUUCAGACAACAACGAAUCUUAUGCAAAAGACUCAUCCGAGAAGUACGCGCUUCUUAUGAACUGAAGCUCCUAGAAGAGGCGCAGCAAAAACCUAAAGCUUUUUAUGCAUAUAUCAGGAGCAAUACGAAAAGCCGGGACCAUCUGGCAACCUUAAAGGACAAAAAUAACCGAAUUGUGAGCGAUGGCCUUCAAAAAGCCCAGCUUCUUUCCGAGUUUUUCCAAAGUGUCUACACCACGGAACCACCCCUCCAGUCCUGUUCUCUUCCACUGCCCGCCAACCAACCACUUAUAUGCACAGUAUUUUUUACUCCGCAGUUAGUUUUAGCAAAGCUAAAUAAGCUGGAUCCGGCCAAGUCACCUGGACCAGAUGAGAUCCCAGGUGUACUCCUGCGUCAGCUAGCCGAAGAAUUAGCAGAGCCACUUUCUAUAAUUUUCCAAAAAUCGCUGGAAUCUGGCAAACUACCUGACACAUGGAAGUUGGCAAACGUCGUACCUAUCCACAAGGGAGGAUCACGGCUAUGUCCCACGAACUACCGGCCGGUUAGUUUGACAUGCAUUUGCUGCAAACUGAUGGAAAAAGUAGUUAAAAAAUCUAUUACAUCACUCGAUACUUUCCGCUGUCACAUCGCCUCAGUUCAACAUGGCUUCUGCGAAAAGCGGUCGUGCCUCACAAACCUGCUUUCGUUACUCAAACACUGGUUAAAGGCCAUGGAUGAAGGACAUCCAGUUGAUGUCAUUUACUUCGACUUCAGCAAGGCGUUCGAUUGCUUCCCACAUAAGCGCCUCAUUCAAAAGUUGUCAGAAGUAGGGAUAAGAGGAAAUCUUCUGAACUGGAUUCAAGAGUUCCUAAACGGACGGCGACAAAAAGUCACUGCGGGCGGCUACUGCUCAGAAUGGGCACCGGUUACGAGUGGAGUCCCACAGGGGUCAGUUCUUGGGCCGCUUCUAUUCAUUAUCUACGUAAAUGACCUAGUAGGGGAAGUAAAAUCGGAAAUAGCGCUAUUUGCAGACGAUCUUAAACUUUGGAGAGCGACAGGACAGAGGUGACCCCAUAGCAACGUUCCAGUUGGUAAAAGGACUUAAUCUGGAUGUCGACUGGGAAACGUUUUUUGAAAUGGCACCCAAGUCCAAUCUCAGACGACAUGAUUACCAGCUUAAAAGGGAACUGUGCCGCACCAAUCAACGCUCCUCGUUUUUCUCACAGAGGGUUAUUCGUCAAUGGAACUCUUUGUCGGAGUUUUUUGUUAAUUCCCCUACCGUGAACGUGUUCAAGAGUCAACGGGAUGCUUACCUGCUGAAAGGCAACCCGAACUGCCGAAGCCUGAUCUAACGGAUUACUGAAAUGACUAUAAGUAUACUACUAACAAGAUUUAAACAGAUCCUAUUUUGUGCUGCAAACUUAGCCCAUAUUGAAAUUUUCACAGUCCGAAUGCGGUGAACAAAGAUUUUCGUAAUUAUUUCGCGAUUAUAAUACCCCUUUCGCCUUUAUGUUACAUUAUUAGGUUUAUGAAUUCUCCUUACUAAAACUACAAGCUUUGCAAUUUACCUAUUUUCCCUUAUAUCUGCACCCCCCUAAAUGGAGAUUUCAGGGCUUCUGUCGUUUACUCCAUAUAUACUGACUGUUAUUGACUGAAACCGUCCUGUUAUCCAAAAUGACUACUUGAGUAGCAUUAAUGUUUGCAUUGGUUUUCCACGCCCUUCUAAAUUCAAGUAUAUUUUACAGAAAACAUGUACAAAAAAUUCUUUCUAAUACUCAUUUGGCAGAAAGUUGCGGUUUCUUCCGAUUCUAUAUUUCAAGAAAUAGUAUCUUUCGGUUUUAAAAAACCCUCCAGUUCCGGAAUGAUUUUGAAACCAACCUGUCGUCUCCCUCGCAUAUAGGGCUUCUAAACUACAAAAUGUGUAUUCUCCGUGUUUUGAAAAUCAUGUAAUUCUAUGGGCUGCUAAGAAGAAGCCUUCCGGCUUUUAUGGAAUCUUGUAGGGGAUUUUAUUCAUAAGCAGCACUAACAAUCGAAGAGAUACGGUGGUUUAUAAAAAGACAUCUCACGAUCUUAAAAAAUCUCAAAAUUAUAAACUUUAUUCAACCUGGUGAUACUCUUUUUUAAGUAUAGAAUUUAAAGAAAUAAUUCUCCACUAAAUGAGCGAAAGAACGACAAUUUUGAGCGUGUUUUCCGUGAAACAUAUUGUAAUUUAUGAGGGCAGGGAAAAUCAAUUGGGAAUAUCCAUACUACACAACUAGUCAUUUUUUCUGAGUUUAGUUUAUCCAGACGGCACCAACGAAGCUCGGUCAAAAGCUGGCAUGGAUAUAGGACUAUAAUGUUUAUAGGUGGCGGAGAUGAAUAGAAGAAUAUUAAGGUAGUAUUACGAAUGUCAUAUGGAACGACUAGAAGGUGCAGUGGUUGAAAUCUUUCAAAAUAUUUUUAAUCCGGAAAAGCAGACGGAAGUCAGCUCUCAGCUAAGGGACUGGCAGAAAUUUAAAGCUAUUCAGAUAGUUAUGAUUGAUGGGGAAGAAUACGCGUGCGUCUAAUGGAAGUGAAUUCUCGUAAAAUACAUCUAUAAUAUAAGGACGACUAAAUUCGCUCUCUACCCGGUGAACGCCACAACCAAAGAAUUUUAUCUCAGACAUUUCCGGUUGCUUCAGCAUGAAGCAAAAACCGCAAAAUGUCAGGCCUGUCCACUUAAUUGUGCAUCAACUAAAUCACAUCCUCUAAGGUUCACACACGUUCUGUUUCGCAACACGGGACCACCACCUGAUGCAACAACCACCGGUGGACAUCCGCGUCGUUGGUUUGGUCCAAGGUCGCACGAAAAUAAUCAAUACAAUUUAAGCCUUGAACUGUGUCACAAAGCAACUCGACAACCUACGAAAUGCUGAGUCCGUCCAAACUCUUGUGCCGUUACAUUCAAUGGUGGAAAGACGAUGCGGAUGUAACUGGAUCAUUAAGUACACACUAUGAACGUGGCAUGUUCAGUCAGAAUAGGGAAGGAACCUCGUAUUCAGAUAGCAGUAAGUCCAUUUCUCCUAUCCUUCAAGAUUCAUUCUUCCUGCAUCUGAUCGUCUACAAUGCCAAACCAACAAUUUGAAACCACAUAAAUAAAGUAAUUCGAGCAAUUAUUAAUAAGGCAUAUGCAUCGCACAAGGUCCUUAUGCAUGCAGGUCCUAGAUUACACCGACCGAUCCUUUUACCGACUUGAUUUAUUUAAGCCAGCUAAGCAUCACUUAUCCAAUACGCAUGACCGAGGACAAGGGAUGACCUUGGGCGUAAAGAAGCAUUAUUUGAGGUUAUUGAUGUCGGUUUUCAUGAAUCCAUUUUAACUCAUGACUUUCUUCCUAGAUGUAGAUCAGAUUUCACUUAAUUAUCUUUAUUGAACUUGUCUUCUAGACCCUAGGAUAUCGCGAUCCAGUACGUCCGAAUGGCCAACUUGUGGAUCUCCAGUUAGCACACUUAGCGUAGCAUCCGUAAGCACACAUCGUAUGAGUUCUAAGGACUGUACACAUACCGAGAGUAAGGACGAAUCUCCCAAUGAACAGGAUAUCAGCAUAAACUCUGAUACAUCCAUCUGGACAACUGGCACCGAGCACACAGCUGUCCGAUGGAGAUCACCUCCCUCUAGACUAGGUGAGAAAAUCUCCGGGGCAACAAGUUUGGAAUAUGUCAGUCGCUUGAGCCUCACAAGUGAAGAAGACCUUCGCACUCUGGAAGUUAAUUCAACUCCCAUAUCGCAAUCAUCAAAUUCCGCACACCAUAAGGAGUCGGAAGGUGAAGUGAAUAAUGCAUCAGCAGCCGGUUCAAACAGCUCCAUUUCAUCAAUAUCGUCCUCAUCCUCAACCCCCACGCGUGAUUCGCCACACAGGAACCCGGGACCCCCAAUGCUAGCAUUUAAUGCAUCGAAUCCCCGUCCGACUCCACAUCCGCGAUCUCGUAAGUUGGCUCUGAAACAAUCCCUGCCAGCAGCCCCGUCACCGCUCUCACCUCCUCCACAGCCGCAGCCACCACCACCACCGCUGUCGUUGUUGGCACCAAUGCGAUCAACGGAGUCGCCACUCCCACAUUCUCUACCACCUCAUCCGUUCACGGCGCCGAUUUUGCCGUCACCAACUCUACCACCAACGUUCCCCUGUCUGCUGGACUUGGAGCCGUGCAGACCAUCGACGCCACCACAACGGCCUCGCCCACGGCCGCGACAUUCGGCCACCCCGACACACCCAACGCCACCCAAUCCGCCACUGCCAAGGUCGUUGUCCGCAAUGGCACACCCACCACCACUUCCACCACCACCACCGCCGCCACCAGGAUGGUUGACAUUGAAGCAGGUGGAGACAGUAGUGACUGCAGAGGAGUACACGCCUCCGUCUCCGACGCCGUCCCCUGCCCCCUCACCGACUCCGUCUCAGCUCUUAAAUGCACUGAUUGCUUGGCCGUCGCCGUCGUCGCCGAAACCCUCAACCCCAUUGACACCACUGCCGGAACCCUUGUCGACGCUGGCCCCUUUCCCACAACGUUCUCUUCCACAGUCUACAGUUCGAGAGGUGUUGAAGGGGUUGAGUCCAUUGCCUUUAUCAACCCAUCCCUCCUCAUCACCAGACCUGUUGACAACGUCUACCUCGUCUCCACCAUUAUCCUCAUCACCCUCCCAACUGCUGCUGCCGUUGAAGACGUUGACGCGACGGCUACCGCCACCUCCGACGAUGACGCCGACGCCGCCCUCAUCGCCGCCACCACCCCUAUUCAUUUCGCGUCUCUCGCCUGCCGAUGA